CUUCUCCGUCAUUUGAUUGAUAGCAGCCUCCCUGGAACGGAUAUACUCGACAAGUAGAUUCCACCGCUUUAGUCCUAACACCUGAUUCCGCUGACUUUCGGGAAGGAGCAUCGAGUAAUCCCAGAAUCACCACCGGUUACCCAGUCAAGCAUGCUGGGCCACGUUUCCAUUCGUGCCUCGAACCUUGAAGCGUCGGUCAAAUUCUACCUGGCCGCAUUGGCCCCGCUUUCCUAUCAAGAAAUGCGAUUCCCGACCGUGGUUGGACUCGGCUCGUCAAGCUCUAGAGCUCCCAUCCCGGAUUUUUGGCUUCGACAAUACACUCCAGGCCCGGAGAAUAAUCAUACAGAGAAGCCGACACCAGUGCACAUCUCAUUCUACGUGAAUGAGCAAAGGCUCGUAGACGAGUUUCAUAAAGCCGGGAUUGAAGCUGGAGGGAAGGAUAAUGGAAAGCCGAGAGAACGGCCAUGGAUGAAAGGAUAUUACGCGGCAUAUGUUCUCGAUUUGGAUGGGAACAAUAUUGAAGUUGUGUGUAUCUCGACGGAGGCAGAGUGAUUUAGCCGCGGAGAGUCUGUAAGAUCUUUUGUGCGAAGGAGGCCGUGAUUGUCUCGAUUUGGCUCUCUAGCGGAGUUGCAUCUUUUUCCGGCGGAAUUGCUGCUAC